AUGAUCGAACAACUUCUUCGUCAAUUAUUUUCUGCUCGAUGUCAAUUAACAUCUCUUCGACUUGAUAUUAGCAAUGAAUUUCGGUAUGGUGGUAUUCAUGGAUGUUUAGCGUCAAAUUCUCAUCUCUUUUCCAAUUUUAUUCAAUGUCAAUUUUCAUCUUGUUGUGUGACUCUUCGUCGUUUACACAUUCGUCUUAAUCAGACACGUUUUCUGGAAAGUCUUAUUGAACAUGUACCUAAUCUCGAAAAAAUAUUUGUGGAGUUUCAUUCUUCAUUA